GCCAUGCAGCGAGCGGCGCGGGCGGCGGCGCAGGCCCUGCUGCGCGUCGCCGCGGGCCGCCGCUACCUGCCGCCGCGGCGCCGAGCUGCGGUGCCGGCGCUCGGGGGGCCGCCGCGCCGCUGGGUCUGCAGCGCUCCCGCGCCGGGCCCCGUGGGGCGGCUGGAGGCUACGCACUAUCAGCUGGUCUACACCUGCAAGGUUUGUCAGACCCGAUCAGCAAAGACAAUUUCCAAGUUAGCCUACCAUAAAGGCGUGGUAAUAGUGAAGUGCCCUGGUUGCAAGAAUCACCACGUCAUAGCAGAUAACUUAGGAUGGUUUUCAGAUCUGGAAGGAAAAAGGAAUGUCGAGGAAAUCCUGGCAGCCAAAGGGGAGAAAGUGAGACGUGUGGUUGGUGAGGAAGCCCUGGAACUGCUUCUGGAAAGCACUGCAGAUACCAAGUCACAAGAUCAUCCUACGGAGGGAGAAGGUGGGGAAGCCCCCCCAGAGACUGGCAGCAAGGGACCGACCUGAUGAAUGCAUUUGUGUCGUUCUGCUUAUGCUAGGGAGAGACUUAGUAUUUCUUUCACAAUUUCCGUUGUCUUUGUUUAAAAUAAAUGCGAAGAGGCACUGGCCUUCUUAUUUUA